AUGAACCACGGAAUGUGCCAGAAUUCAGAAUCGGUGCUGAGCCCGGAGCCGUACGUUCCUGUGUGGAAGGAUGGGGGAGCGGAGACACGUUGUGGCAUGUAUCGCGAGGAAGAGAUGGUGGAGGGCGAUCUGUGUUGGGGGAGGAGAGAAUUUGAAAUGAGGCAAGUUUUCCGCUGUGUGAGCGUUCCGGGAGAGACGAGUUGGACGAGGGGGAGUACGAAUGAUCAGACGUUUACAGAGGAAGUUGAGGCUGGGAUGGUGAUUGGGAGGAACUGCGGGAGAUAUUCGAAGGGAAAAGAGGCAAUUGUGAAGGUUUACAACGUAAAAGAUAUGGAGAAGGAUGCUAUGAAGUUACACGAGGUGGUCGAGGUGGUGGGAAUAUUGGAUGGUUGUAUGGUGAAGGAGGCCUCUUAUGGGGAGGGGAGGAGUGGUCUGGACACUAUCACUGAGGAAGGGAAUGGUCCCCGGUUCGAUCCCCGGAUGCCCUUAAAUGAUGCUAUGCAUAAGGAGUUGGUAACAGAAAGAGUUCGAAGUGAAGUUAUUGACUAUCUAGCUCAGUCACUUUAUGGUGACCAUCUGGCUGCUGAUUACGUCGUAUUGGACGAAACCCGUUUGGACAGCGGUCGCGCGAAUGUGGCGAAUUUGAGGGCCUUGCAGUCGUUGGUUCGCGAUCAGAAGGUUUGUGUGGAAUUCGGCCCGACACCGAUCGAGUUGCCGACAGAGGCUAACGUGUUGACAUUAUCUGUGUCGCGAUCAAAGGAUCUGUUGAUGUGA